AUCCCUCCAUCCCUCCAUCCCUCCCUCCUCCACCUCGGCAACAGUAUAGAGGCGUCGUAGUAUAGAGGCUCUUUCUCACCGGCGCGCGCGCGGGCGGAUGCUGGGGGUGACGCUUCCCCGGUAAACGGCGCGCGCGCCUCCAGUCGCAGUCAGUGAGUCACUCCGAAACAGCGCCGGUGUUGGCUCAGUCGCUCGCUCGCUCGCUCGCGCUCACCGGCGGCGGACAUGAGGGGAAUGUAACGGCAGGAUGUGAUCAUCAGCAUUACAGAGUCGUGCUGCUGCAGACACAGGACACAGGACAUGUAGAGGAUCCCCGCGCGCGUCGGUGAGUGGCGCGUGCGCGUCUGGCGGAAUUUAUUUUUAUUUUAUUUUUAAUGAUAAAGCCGCGGUUGAAAAUGCGCGGUGCGUCGGCGCGGAGCUGAAGCGCAACUCACUUACAGGGAUUACAUAUUAAUCAUAAGAAGAAUAAGAACAACAACAAACCCGCAAUCUCAAUGAUCAACAGCGCGCGGGUGCGUGAAUUCAGGCGCGCUCGUGCGCUUUAUUUGUCCGAGAUGACCGGAUGAGGAAAGGACACGCGACUGGUCUCGAGCAGCAGGUUCACCGGCGGACACGCGCAGGUGGUGCCCUCCAGGCCUGUAAACUCACUCGAGCAGGGAUCAUGUUCUAAAGCGGACCGAACAUGAAAAGCAUAGGGGCCAGCCACACUCGUCACUUGUCGGACUCCUGCAUGCCUGUGGCAGGUCCCCAGGAGCCGAUAUGUCCCUUGACCCCAGACCCCCAUGGGACGUACCUCCUAAGCCCCACCAUCAGCCAUUAUGGCACUCUGGAUCCCCACAUGCACCACUUCCCUCCUGCAAGCCCCAUCACUCUGCAGUCCGACUGUCUGCUACCGCUCAACAACCAGCUGACCACCAGCAACACCUUCCCUCGCUUCCAGUUCCCCUCCCAGGUCGAUCAGACUGAGUACACUCAGCAGUGUUGCGUGUCUCAGACGGCCUCUCGUACGGGCACCCUCACCACCUCUGCAUCUAUGGGAAUGGGCUUAGGGCUAGGACUCACGGUUCCACCUAUGAUCAGCAGCGGCACAGCAACGAUCUCCUCAGCUGCAGCAGCCAAGAUGAAUCGGAUCCCGACUGGCCUGCUGGACCAGCUAGAGCACCAUGUUCCACUGCAACGCGAUGGCUUCAGCACGCUUCAAUUCCAUAGGCGGAGUCGUGGCACUAAGCAACGCAGCGAGAGCCCUGGUCGCAUCCGCAACCUGGUGCAUUCCGUCCAAAAACUGUUCUCCAAGACUCAGUCUGCGGAGGGCUCGGGUGGUAAGGGGACUGCGCAGGGAGCCGAUGGCACCAAGGCCACACAACGGUCCAAGAGUAAGGACCGUGCCAAGACAGAGGGAGCGAAGAGACGUGGACGGCCCAACCUCUCCGGUUUCUGGAGCUCAGAUGACGCUCUGGAGGAUGAAGCAACGACACAAGAGGCAACCGGUCCUGUGGCCGUAGCUUAUCGUAACCCACUGAGCAUGAUGUCAUUGGGCAGGGCAGUGUCAGACAGCCAGGCGCCUCCCAGAACCCAUGUACAGGGCUACAAUACCAUCGCUGCUCACCGUUCUCUCAAGCCCUCCAAGAGUAGUGGAGAGCUGAAAACCCAGACAUUGUCCUCGACUGGUGGAACAGCAGGGGAUGUUACACUGGCAAAAAGAGGCUCGUGGUCAACGCUAACUCUUAGCCAGGCCCGGCAGGUGCUACAAAAAGGCACGGCCACAGUGAACCGGACCCUACUCAAGUCUAAGUCCUACCACCAGGAGCUGACGUCCAACUUCCUACAGGUUCCUGUUGGGGAUUGGAGUGGGACGCUAGAUAAGGGAGCGGUAGCAGGAGGGGAUAUCCCAUGUAGGAGAAUGCGCAGUGGCAGCUACGUCAAAGCCAUGGGCGAUCCCGAGGACAGCGACCAGUCUGACAGCCCUCCCUCGCCAAAACCCUCACCAAAAACAGCCGCUCGGCGCCAGAGCUACCUAAAGGCCACACAACAGUCGCUCAGUGAACAACAACCGCCUCUGCCACCUCGCAAACACCGCUCAUGCCCGUUCAUGUGGGAGCAGUACGGGGUUGCAUGGGCUCCUCUACAGAACGCCUACUCCAUGCAGCACCUGGCAAGCUGCUUGCCAUCUCUACGAGAACUCACCACCAACCGCAGCCUGGAUAACCUGGACUGUCUGGUGGGGCAGAGCGAUUCUCAGCACUGGGACAGAGAAGGGAACUUCGGUCAUGGCUCGUCCACACUCGGACGAGGUUCUGGCAUUAGCCAGAUGGAUCAGAGCUGUCUGUGCUCGGCGGUUUACGGCCACAUGGACUCGCAGGCGGUGGAGGCUCUGGAUCUGCCGGGGCCAACCUGCUUCCGCUCACGCAGCCACAGCUACUUGCGUGCCAUCCAGGCCGGCUGCUCUCAGGAUGAUGACGACUCGGACUCAGACGAGCCUCCACUGAUCAGCGGCAGCAACGCGAGCAAUACUGUGUCCCAUAACAAGACUCCGCCCCCGGUCCCGCCCCGCUCCGCCUCCAAGCCCUUCAUCUCGGUGACGGUGCAGAGCAGCACGGAGUCGGCGCAGGACACCUACUUGGAGCAGCGCAGCGAGGCCAACAGCCAAUCAGGACGCAGCAACUCUUCGGACAGCGCCACCAGCUCGAGGACGGGCAGCCUGGCCAAAGCUCCUCUCCCCAUCCCCCUGGUGCCCCCCAUCCCCGUACCGGUGCCAAGUGCCCGUGUGAGCAGCCCCCCUCCUCCUCCUGCCCGAGAAACCCAAACCGUGAGCGUUGGCUUCACGCAGGACGAACCUCGGUGCGCCGCCAGGAGGAAACUCUCCUCCAUCGGCAUCCAGGUGGACUGCGUUCAGCCUAUGCUCCGAGAGGAACACACUCCCACCACGAAGUUCCAGUCCAUCGGAGUUCAGGUGGAGGACGGCAGGCCGCUGAGCCGCUUCAGCAGCAUGGCAUCCAGACAGGAGACGGCCGACGCCGAGACUCAGGACCGGAUGGACGGUAAAGCUUCGGAGAACAUCGGCACCGCUUGCAGCACUCAGACGCUGGACUGUCCUGGCAGCGCAGGGAGAGCACAGAAAUCCUCUUUCACCAUGCCGGAGAGCAUCGAGGAGGCUCUGGACCCGUCCUCCCUUCCUCCUCCUCCUCCAUCCCUGCAGAGUGUUAGCGUGAACGGAGCGUCAGAGCAGCCCGGAGCCCCGACGGUGUGCCUCAGGGACGGACACUGCUUCCUCCGACUCCUGCAGGCCGAGACGGGCCGCAUGGACGCCUGGUGCCAGCAGAUGGAGCAGGAAAGCAAAGAGAAGCAGCUCUCAGAAGAAGUGCUGGGGAAGAUCCGCAGUGCGGUAGGCAGCGCUCAGUUGCUCAUGUCUCAGAAGUUCCAGCAGUUUCGAGGCCUGUGCGAGCAGAACCUGGACGUGAACGCUCAGCCACGGCCCACUGCUCAGGACCUGGCUGGCUUCUGGGAUCUUCUGCAGCUCUCCAUCGAGGACAUCAGCAUGAAGUUCGAAGAGCUCCACCUGCUCAAGGCCAACGACUGGAAACUGCCAGAGAGCAGCAGCAGCAAAAAGGAGGAGAGGAAGCCGAGCGUGACGACGCCGAAGAAAGCCCCGAAGCCCAAAGCUUCUCCGAAGGAGAAGAGCAGCGGAGACUCGGCCGCUGAUAAACAGAGACAGGAAGCGCGGAAGCGGCUGAUGGCUGCCAAACGAGCCGCAUCCGAGCGCCAGAACUCUGCCACGGAGAGCGCCGACAGCAUCGAGAUCUACGUCCCUGAGGCUCAGACUCGCCUCUGAGAGAAACCACACAUACACACACACACAUGCAUACUCGCACGCUCCUGAAGCGUACAGAGACUACGAACAAUUACAAACUUGGGGGAGAUAGAUAAAUAAAUAAAUAAAUAAACACAUAAAUAAACUGUGCAUCAGCGCGGAGAUUCGCGGUGCUGCUGAGGAAGUUUAUUACUGUUCUACUUGUUAUAAUAAGAGUUAUUAUACAGAGCUGUAAUUAUCUCACGGAAUAUAUCAAACGCCCGCCUGUAAAUUUGUCUUCAUAUCUCGGACGCCACGUCACGUGUGUUUAUGUGGGAGUGUGUUCUAAAGAAUCCUACGCCCUUCAGUCACUCCGCCCAAUCCAACACGUCCCUUCCCCUCUACCCCCAAGCACGCACUCAGGAUUCUGCACGUGUGCACUUGUUUUACAGCAAUGUGGUCUUCCUUUCCUCACCUUCAUCAUCAUCAUCAUCAUCAUCAUCAUUAUUAUUAUUAUUAUUAUUAUUAUUAUUAUUGUCAUUGGUUCAUCAUCAUUUACGGCAUUUGAAUCAGAGGAAUGUGAGAGGCAGUUUUUUAGGGUUUUUUUUGGGGGGGGGGGCACGAAUCCGUCCUAGACAUCACACAUUAAUUAAUUAAGUCAUUAAUUAGAUUUGUGGCGUUCACUCUGCGUUCACACUAACAAGCGACACGCAAGAUCCUUUUCCAGAUGAAACGUCCUGUUCGGUUUCAUUUUCUCCAUUUUGUAACACGCCAUAUAAGGUAUAAAAAAAAACUUCAGAGCAUGCUGUGCUAGGAAAAUAGUCAACGACAGAUUGUUCCGUUUCAGCAUUUUGCCAACGAUUCUUUGUUAUUUAUUAAAGAAUGACGUGUACUUGUUAUCUGUUUAUAGUUAUACAGCUUGUAACAUCCACGAAACAAAAAAAAAACGCAGGUUGUGUUGAUACAAGCGUCAACUGCUACCGACUGUUAAAAAGCGCCGAUACUGGAGACUCCUUCCAAAUGUGCUAACUAUACGUCUCCUUACAGAAAAUUUCACCAUGUCAACAGUUACACACUUUUCUUUGUUAAUAACAAUAUUAUUAUUAUUAUUAUUAUUAUUAUUGGGCUUGGAUGAUUUGGAGCGUCCACCGUACUCCGUACGUUGUUGUUAUUAAUGAUGGGAACGAAAGCGUGUUAGAAAACUAAUCAGCCAAUCAGAUUUGAGAAUUCAGCAGCAUUGUGGUGUAAAGGGUUUCACAUCAAAGUAAAGUUUUUAGACUGAACUUUUUUUUUCUGAAACUAGAUAGAGGUUAGGUUUGAAAAUGUUUUACUCCUGUUUUUCAUUAUGCGUGUGAUGAUAGGUUUUUGGACACUCUUAAAAAAUUUGGCUCACCGAUCUUAGAAACGCUUCUUCAGAGCACACACACACGUGAUAAACUAGCAGGUGUGAACUCAGGGUCAGGAUGCAGAUCACAAAAAAUAAGAGCAGGAGGCGGUUUAAUCCGUCCGUAUGAACUUUGUUUGGUUUGGAUUUGCCGGAGAUCAGCGUUUCAGCUGCAAGAUGUCCGACUAAUAUUUUAUCCUGAGUAAUCAGUCCAUGUUUUGCAAUUCCUGUUUGUAAUCAUUUUUAAUAUCUAAGCCACUUUGUCUUCGUGCUCGUCAUCAUUCCGUAUGUGAUAUGAGCUCUGAUUCUCGAAUCUUCUGCUUUCUGAAUGUAGAGGGGAAUCGAAAACACUUCAGCUGUGUGUGUUCACACCUCGACUCGAUUUUUGAAGGUAUCAAGGGUUAUUUCAUUCCUGAAGUUCAUCCACAAUCUACAGAUUUAAUUUUUUUUCCCCCUGUGAAUGUAAGGAUGUCUGAUACUGAUGAUCAGAUUUGAGAUGUUUUUUUUCUGCUUUUUUGAUAUUUUCCGUCAAUCCAUUACCAUACUUUUUUCUUUUUCUUUCUUUCUUUUUUUUUUUAUUGCAUAGCAGCACACUGAGGAUCAUUUCCAUCUUAGGCACAUCAUUAGCUGAAAGUUUUCAAGCGUCCCCACAGCAGCACUUUAUCAAUAAUGAGUAAUCGUAGCACGGAUAUCGCCGUGGAAACAGUACGGUGCUUAGCUCACACUUUUUAAAAAAAAAAAAAAAAAAAAGGGCUCCUCUGCUGUUCCUCCAUGUCAUGAAGAGAUUGUUUAUUUGAAAAAUUGUUUAUUUGGAUACUAGAGAACACAUUAAAUUUUUUAGAACAUUUGGGUUCUUCAGUUGGAUGGGAAGUUUUUAUUUUAUUAGAACCCAGUUCCAGACAGAGUAACUAUGCAUCACUUUUAGUUUCCAACCAUUAUCUUGGGAUCAGACUCCAACUUCAGAGUCAAUCCUGUGGAAAAUUCAUUCACGAUUCUGCAUCGCAUGAUUUGAAAAUAACCGUUUAUGACCAAUCUUGGUCCACAAUGGUUUGGUUUCCAAAAAUGGACGUGUAUAGAGACAUCAGGAAGAAAAAUUAAGCUUGGAAGAAGGUAGCGGAGAUUACAUUUAUUUACAUUUAUUUAUGGCAUUUAUGUCAUACGCCCUUAUCCAGAGCGACUUACAUUUAUCUUGUUUAUACAACUGAGCAGUUGGGGUUUAAGGGCCUUGCUUGCCCAACAGUGGCACCUCAACAGUGCUGGGGCUUGUACUCCUGACCUUUGAUCAAUAACCCAGAACCUUUAACCCCUGAGCCACCACUGCACAAUUCAUUGGUGCUGCUGGUAAUCUUAGCCUCUAAUUUAAGGCUAAGCUAGUAGAAAGUAGACAUGCCAAUUAAGCAGCUAAUCUUCAGGCUGGGUAGUGUUUAUCUUGUUAGCUUUAGAAGAUAAAAACGCUAUACAAGCCACGGCCACAAGUGUGAUCCAACCCAUACAUAGAACUGGCUGUCCAAACACAAAAUGGCUGUCCAGCCCCGAAUACCAGCAAGAUCCUUAAAUGUCUCUUCAUGUGCAGUACACUCCAAUUUCACAUUGUUCUGAACCAAACAUCGUAUUACCCACAAAGCUCCUGAGCGUUCACGAUCCCUGUGCGUUCACGGUUUUGCUACAAUCCCACCUUCCCCCCCCCCCCCCCCUCUGCCCCCCAUCUCUACCAUAGACUGAAAUGUAUGCUAGGGUUAGCUUUAGAAUCUGCAGAAUGGUCAUCUUUUGGAUUAUUUUUUAAGAGGAAGCUGUAAAUUUUCAUUGUCCAGAGAAAUAUUAAACUUACUUUUCUUCUUUUUUUUUGUUUUUUUUGUUUGACACCGUGUUUGUCAUCAUUCGUCUCUCCGCUUGCUUUUACAUUUCAUUCUGCACGACGAUAGUGUCACAUGAUAGCGUCCUGACGCAACACCGUUUCAUAUUUUAGGAAGGAAAAAAAAACAAAACCUUUUACGUUUCUGUUUUCUAUUUGAACGUGUCGUGGAGGGAUCCUGCUCGCCAUCUUGUUUGGAGGUUCUUAUUGACUUCUGUGAGGAAUGAAGCUGUGAUGUGUCUUUCGGUUAACCGUCAGGUGUGAACUCUGGGUUUUAUGAGCCACCCGCUGAUCUCUGCAAUAAGAUGAGGGUUUAUUGAAGCGCGGUCCCGCUCAGCUUUAUUACGCACACGCUGUUCUUAAACUGCUGCUUUCUGGUUUCAGGUAGAAAGCAUGAACUUCAGUGCAUCAUCAUAAAGUUGUAAUGGUUGAAUUAAGGGGAAAAUGGGGUUGUUUUGUCUUCAAGUUAAAGCAUAAAUAGCCCUACAGUCAUAACAGGUAUAUUAUGUAGUCAUAACACCGUUUUCCUGUAAACAGUAGCUGUUACGUUUGAGAGUUUCAAUCCGCUCAGUGCUCUCCUAGAGUCACGGUUCGGACCCUUAACGCUAAACUCCACACCGAGCGUCUUCAGUGGCGUCGGAUGUAAUCUCACAAUUAGAAAUAUUAAAUAUAUUCGACAGAAUUCAGGAUAUUUUCUUGCCAUUUUGAUCUCGAUUUUUUGGGGGAUUUUUUUGGGUGUGUGCAGUCUAGACUCUCAAAGUUGACCGACCUUUUUGGAUCCAUAAAGCAAUCCAUAAGUGAUAAUUGAGGCAAAUAUUAAAUGGAAGCCAUUUUAUCUUUACCCCAAAAGUAACGAGUAAGGUAAUAGCUACCAGUUUCAGUUUGUACCUUGUGUAAGUCUUUGUGAUUACGUCCUUAGAAAGAUCAUCUGGCUCAGUAAUACCAUUUGUAAUUUUUUUUUAUUAUAAAGAAGCAGAACAAACCCACGUUAUCGUCCGAAAGGGUGUAGGAAGUAACGAGGAAACUGCGCUUCAUUUUUAUUUAACAAUCAUAAAUCCAUUCACACCCCCCGCCUCCCCCCAAUAUGAUUAUUUGCAAGAGGAUGUCACGUCCAUGUGAAUACAGAUUUCUGUCACAAAAGCUAGGCUAACCUUGGGUUAUUGAGAACUCAUUUUUAUAUCAACACUGUGGGGUUGAAAUUGUUCGUUUUAUGUUACUUUCAAUGAUUUUGUGUCUUUUAUUGGGUUUUAUUUGUUUGUUUUUACUUUUACCUCAGAUACAGUGUAUGUUUGUGCGUCUAAUCCUGUUCUGGAGACAACCGACAAUGUUUUAUAUUUUAACCCAAGCCUAGCACAAAAGUUUAAGAUCUCUGCAUGGUAUAGCAAUAUCUCCCGGUCUUUUUCAGUCCCUUUCUGUGGAUUAUUUGCCUCAACCUGUUUCGUGACGGAGCGUCCACCAUCGGCUCAUCAAACGUUAAUAGGGCUACAGCUUGCGUUGACUCAGCGACGGAGGAACGACUCCAGCAGACUUUCAGCAGACGAUCGAGGCUGCUUUUUAUAGCUCCUUCCCUCUGUUUUAGAGGAACAACGUAGAUGACCUUGUACAUUCGAAAUGGUAUCGGACGAAGGACGAUAUCAAAUGUGUCUUGUGUAAAUCUAAACCGGACAUGAAGUAUAAACAGUAUUUCCAAUGUAGGCUCGUGAGAGUCUGAUGAUUUUUAGCACUGGAGCGUCACUUUGGGACUUCUGGUUUGUAUUCUGCUUUAAUGAUCUGAUGCUCAUGCCAUCAAAUCAACCUGCAGCACCACACCACUUUCUAAAUCAGUAGUACAUCUCAAACGCUAGACGAGUAGAAUUCAUUGGGCAAAGUCGCAGUCAAUGAGAAAAAUAUCCAAAUUUAGUAGCAGGCUAAUACCCUACUAUAAUGACUUAACCGUCUGACCAAAGGCACAGGGACCAGCAACGAGUAUGACCUCUAGCUACGUUAGCUAUGAUAGCGUCGAAAAUCCUCUGUCACAUUACGCUAACGACUAAAUCAGGAGCUCGGUCUGAAAUCAUACCCUCACUCGUUCCUUCACUAUUUACUCUAAAUACUGCGUGUUAUCUGCUGUCAAAAUAAACAAGCAACGUUAACAGAAGAACCUUAGAAGGUUAACAGUACUAUCGUGAGUAAUAAUAUCAACAAAUGAUGGUACUCAGAAUGAUGGUUCUGUAGUGAUUUUUAACAGUAGAUAUGGAAGCAGUCUACAAAAACAUUUUCCUUUACGUUUAUAUCCAGAGUUGGCUGAUCCCAUGCUGUCUGUUUGGCAACUUUUGGUACCUUUUAGUGCAGAAGUUUUCCGGUGCACUCUGGGUAAUAAUGUAGUGAACUUUCCAGGGUAAUAUGAUUUUCCACUGCGAAGGCGGACAGCGCUACGCUACAAAAUGGCCGAUGCAGAAACGAUCGCACUACAUGUAUGUAUAUGUAAACGGGGAACGAUUUCAGACACAG